UUCAUUAAACCAUCUCACAUAUCAAUCUAUUUUUGUAGAAAUUCAUAAAAUGUUGGUCGCUCUAGCAGUCUAGCAUAGUUUGUACUUGGUCAGUAUCAGACUUUGCUUUAUCCGCCAUUUCAUUUCCAACUAGACAAAUAAACCAGUUUACUGCGCGUGACGCCACGCGCCACCACAUCCAGCUUACAAAAUGUCAUCUAUAUACUCUUCCACCGCCAUGCUUCCCAGUUUCCCCUCCUCUUCUUCACGCUCCUCUUCAUCACUCACCCCCAGGGCAAAUAUGUCAUCUACAUCAAAUCAGCCUGAUGCUCCAACAGUAUUAGGGUUUGGUGGUGUAUCGGUGGAUCUAUUGGCGACUGUUGCGUCUUUUCCUAAACCGGAUGAUAAGAUUAGAAGUACUAGCAUGAAGGUUCAAGGCGGUGGCAAUGCGGGAAAUGCUCUAACUUGUGCAGCUCGGUUAGGAUUAAAUGCUAGGUUGAUAUCCAAGGUUGCCAACGAUGCUCAAGGGAGAGGAGCAUUGGAAGAAUUACAAGCUGAUGGUGUAGAUGUCUCCUUUUUUGUGGUUUCUGAAGAAGGAAAUUCACCAUUUACCUAUGUGAUUGUUGAUAAUCAAACGAAAACUCGAACUUGCAUUCAUACUCCAGGGUCGCCUCCAAUGAUUCCAGAUGACCUCAAAAGCUCAACUUUGGUAUCUGCUUUGAAGGGAGUGAGUCUUGCUUAUUUUGAUGUGCGACUGCAUGAAACUGCUUUAGUUAUUGCACAUGAGGAGGUUUCUGACAUAAAAAGUCAUAUACAGGCGAACCGAAGGAGUAUACCUAUAUUAAUUGAUGCUGAAAGGCUAAGGGAAGGGUUGGAUGAAUUUCUACAUUUAUCAGACUAUGUUGUGUGCUCGGCAAAACUUCCACAGGCAUGGAGUAAUGCUCCAACUGUUCCAAGCGCGCUUGUUUCCAUGCUUUUAAGGUUGCCAAAGGUCAAGUUUGUCAUUGUGACUUUGGGUUCAGAUGGUUGCAUGAUGCUCGAGAGGAGUAUAGCUGCAGAAGAUAGUCAAGCUGAAGAAAUGGAUGUAGACAAUAUGGUUGAACAGUUGAAGCAGAAAAUUGAUAGUGUGAAAAGUGGUCCUACAUGUGUUCCUUCAGAUAUUACAAUAUUGCAAGCCAAAGGAGUAGGGACUAUAUGCGGUAGACUAUUUCUUGGAAAAGCUGAGAAGAUACCAGAAUUGGAACUUGUGGAUACAACAGGUGCUGGAGAUGCAUUUAUAGGGGCUAUAUUGUAUGGCAGCCAUCAGUUGUCGAGCAUUGGGAGCUCGGACAGGUCUUCCACAUCUCUCGGAUACCCGGCUGACGCCUUUUUUAAAUUAGAGGCCCCUUCUUACCACAAUGGCAGUGUGCGGGGAAGAAAAUUGGGGCCUGGUUUCCGAGUUUGUCUUUUCUUUCUUUUUUACUUCAUUGGAUUUUUUUGGAUCGAUAUUGUACUCCUUGUGCCAUUUUAAUUUCUUUUACCGUCUUAUUUAUCUCCCGAGACGUGUGCUUCAGUAAAAUUGAAUAAAAAGUUUCUGUCUUUGCAUUCA